GCGGAUCCUUAGUUCCAGGGUAAAGAAGGGUACGCUAAUACUGACGCACAAACGCAAUGAAGAUUAACCUCAGGUGUUUAGUUUCCAGGGUUAAUUCUUUAGAGCUACCCGAGUCGGAGGCCACAGAGAAGGAAGUCCAGAUAGCAAAUCCGCGGGCGACGUUGCUGCAGCUGCGGGCCACGGCUGCUGUUCAGUUUCGUCUAAAAGCGCACGGCUUUUCGAUGGUUUACUGUGGUGAAAAGACAACUGUCAACCUAUCAGAUGAAAAGAAGCUCCUUGUAGAUUGUGGUCUGGAGGGAGGCGAUUUGAUUCUGCUUAUUUCAAAGCAUAUACGUUCUGAGAAUGGCUGCAUGCGCGGAAACGAGAUGAAAACAGAGCAAGCCCCCUUUGCUGAUGUACUCCCACCCCUUAAAGAGGCUCGCUUUGAGAUUGGAGAAUCUAAAUCGCAAUUGAUUGAUGCAAUUGACACUGCUACUGCCUCCUCUUCUGCCAUUUUACCGCCAGAGGUUGUAGCAACGUUUCCCAAUAGUCAGGAGUUACCUACGGGUGAAAGCGAGUGUGAUAAUAGUGAUUCUAGCAUUGCUAGUGAGGACGAUGAUCUGGCGAGUGAACCAGGGGGUAAUGAAAGCGGGGACGGAGCUCGUGAACUCUACAGCCGCCUCUUAGAGGUAACCCCUAAUUUGGUUGAGAUGCGGGAUAGUUUCCUUGCUGAUCCUCGUGCUGUUUUGGAGCGUGUGAAGGCUGAGGAUCCCACCUUGUCCGAACUCAUCGCCGAAAACCAAGAGGAUUUUCUUGUUUUAAUCAACAACCCAACACUGGUGCAUGCGCUUCAGGCGGAGAAAGAAGCCCAAGAGAAUGGGGAUCUUUUUGGGGAUGAGGAGAUGGUGGAGAUACCCGAGGAGCUUAUGGAACUUAUUUCUCAAGAGGUUCUUGAAGAAGGAGAGGAAAGCUUCGAAAAUGUCAACCUAGAUUCGCGUGAAUGGGAUAAAGAGAGCAUUUUGGCCUACGCCCCCUCGGAGGACGAUGAGAAAAAAAUCCAACAGCUUGUUUUGCUUGGCUUUAGCUACGAACUGUCUAAGUUGGCUUUCUAUCGCUGUCUGCGAAGCUUGGAGCGGGCUGCAAACAUGCUGUUUGAGAAUCCGCCGGAGUUAUAAGCAAGUAGUAAAAUUGAAAGCGAAUAGAGAACGUAAGAAACUAAAUUAAUACAACUAGGCCAGAAGCCGACUCUUCCUCUAAAAAAAUACGACUGGAA